GGCUGACAUCAGCGGACCUCGAGUGGAUCUUGCAGGGGUCCCAGGUCACCUCCGAUGUCAGGCUCCUCAUGGGCCCCCAGGCCGACCCGGCCGAGGAGAGCCCGCGCGGGGGCGGCGCGCUCAGCGCCGCGGCCGUGCGGCGGAGGCUGCACCACAGCAGGGGGCUGCCGUACGGGCUGCUCAGCGACCUCCUGGACGCUGUGCCGCAGCUGGCGGUGCCCCCGCCGAGGCCAUUUGCCCCAGCUCGCACCCAGCCGAUGGGGGUUAGUCUGCAGGAGUGACGGCUGAUGACGAGGAGGAACAUAAUUGUAGUAGCACCUCGAAGUUGCGGA